GAGAGUAGCGAGUGUUCUUCGCGAGAAAAAAAAAAUAACGCGCGCACGCGCGCACGCUCUGUGUAGUAUUGCGGUACGGUGCGAUCUGUGCGGCACGCGGUACGGUCUGUGUCGUGGUCGGCGGCGUACGACAGCGAAGGAGCGAGUGGCAGUGCGCCCACUACCGAACUAGAUGUGCGUAAAUGGAAGGUAUAGGGGACAUAGGCGAUCAUCAAUCGCAUAGCGAGCAAUUACUGGACUCGGUCGAUUCCCCGGCGGCGGUGUCUACGCAUGGCCGGGGCGGUGGGGGCGGCUCGAAUGGGAACUGUGGCGGAGGAGGCGGAGGCGCUGGAGGAGGAGGAGGAGGAAGUGGUAGCGGAGGUGGCAGUAGGGGCAUCGUGGUCGGUGGGGGUAGGCAUCACAACCACCACCACCACCAUCAUCAUCACCAUCACAGCCACCACCACCAUCACCACCAUCAUCAACAGCAGCAGCAGCAUCAGCACGAGGUCGUGCAGGAAACGGGGGGUGGUAGGAGCGGCGGAGGCGGCGGCGGUGCCAGUGGUAACGGGGGUGGUAGCGGUGGUGGUGGUGGCGGCAGCAGCAACGGUGGUGGUGGUAACGGAGGAGGUAGCGUCGAGGGUAUGUCUUCGUCGGCCUCUCAAAGCCCCGACAUCGCGUGCGCGAGCCUACCGCUGGAACUGCUCGCGGCUGGCGCGCUCGGCGUCAAGGAGGAGCGAGACCUCGCCGCCGCGGAGGAUCUGUCGUCGUCCCAGGAUCCGCCUGGCAGGCAGAGCGCGCGGGAGUCCCUGUCGGUGAUCGUGCCGCCUCAGGACGUGGACGUGGACUCGCGCGACGCCGACGACUCGGAGCUCCUCAGUCCGGGCAAGCUAACGCCUACGUCGGGGAUCAGCGUGUCGGUCGCGAGCAUGAUCGACGCGACGGACUUCAGGGCGAUGCAGCCGGAGCCGACGUAUCAGACCCUGACCUCGGUGGCGGAGAGGAUGUCGCCGCCCGGUUUCAGUCCGGGCUCGUCGUACGCCACGCUGACGCCGCUGCAGCCGUUACCGCCGAUCUCGACGAUGAGUGACAAAUUCGUUUACGGCGGUCACGCGGCCAGCGGCGUCACCGGCAGUUUCGCCGUCAUGCAGAACAACGGCCUGGGUAACAUCGGCCUCGGGAUGGGCGGUUCGCCAUACGCGUACGACAAGCUACCUACGAUGGGCAUGUCGCCGCCGCACAAUUAUCCGUCGCCGGGCGCGGGACUGCAACCGAGUCCGCUCUCACCUCAGAGCGCGUAUAGCCAGAGCGGCCUCAAUUCGCCGCACAAGUCGUCCGCGAGUCCGCAUUAUGACCCGGCUUUUCUGCCGCGGUUACAACAGAGCCCGGCGGCGCUUAGCCCGUCCUCGCCGCCGGCUGUCUCGGCUACGGCGAGUUUCGCGCCAUCCCAUCAUUCUCCGCCUGGCACGCAUUCGGUGCCAAGCGCGGCAUCGCCGCCACCAACCAUGCAGACGCAACUGCAGCAGCAGCAGCAACAGCAGCAGCAGCAGCAGCAACAGCAACAGCAGCAGCAGUCGAUGCCGCAGCAGCAGACGAUAUCGCACACGCAGCACGUGCAACAUACGUCGGUGGUGAUGAAGACGGUGUCAGCGGCGGGCAACGGCGGCGCCGGCGAGGUCGAGGAGAUCAACACGAAGGAGCUCGCGCAGCGCAUCAGCGCCGAACUCAAGAGGUACAGCAUACCACAGGCGAUCUUCGCACAGCGGGUGCUGUGCCGCAGCCAGGGCACCCUCAGCGACUUGCUGCGCAACCCAAAACCCUGGUCCAAGCUCAAGAGUGGUCGCGAGACCUUCCGACGGAUGUGGAAGUGGCUGCAGGAGCCUGAGUUUCAGAGAAUGUCGGCCUUGCGGCUAGCAGCCCUGAGCAACUGCUCUGAGAGCGGAGGCGAGCCGGACGCCAUGCUGGACAUGCACCACCCAGGAACCGGGAUCGACUCGCACCAUCCACAGUUUCACAACUCCUAUGCUGCACAGAUUCCACAACGCGGAACAUGCAAGAGGAAAGACGAGAUGGCGAACCAGGCAGAACACCAACAGCCCGCCCCCAAGAAACCGCGGCUGGUUUUCACAGACCUUCAGCGCCGUACUCUACAGGCUAUUUUUAAAGAGACCAAGAGGCCGUCGAAGGAGAUGCAGGUGACAAUCGCGAGGCAAUUGGGCCUGGAACCGACGACGGUCGGGAACUUCUUCAUGAACGCCCGACGCCGCUCCAUGGAUAAAUGGAAGGACGAGGAUCCGAAGGCAGUCGCGGUCGAGGAGGAACAGUUGUCGCCCACGAUAGGGAUCGGCCAACGCCAACCGAGCGACGUUUUGUGACACACGUCCGACCACGAGGAGUACCACGACGAGUCACCCGACGAGGACCUGCCCUUCUCGUAAGGGCAGUGUAUCACCUCGUGGACGUAUCCCUGCUGACACGCUCGAAU